AAGGUGAAAUAAACAAAGAAAAACACAAUACAGCUAUUCUUCUGAGACCGAAUAAACACUGCCACCUUGUGUUCAGAUAAUGGAAUCACGUGAAGACAUAACAAAGCAGAAUAAACGGUGCUGAUGUGAUUAACUCGGGGAACCGAAUGAGCGAUUACCAUCUAUUGUGAAGUAUCCUAUAUUAGUAAGAACUAGCGCGUGGAAUGUAGGUUGUGUUUACUGAAGUGUCGCUCAAGUGAUCAGGUAGUAAGUUACUUUGUAUCAAGGAUGUAGCCAACUGCUUUUUACCAAGGCCUUGUACGCAACACCUACAAUAUUCUUUCCAGGACAGACUGUUGGAUUUGGAUUGUAUAAGGCUGCUGUUCAGUCGCUGUUUUUGCUCAGAUGUGUCCAGACAUUACGGACAAGAUGGACGCUACAGUUUCUGGAGGCUUACAGUACAAUAACAGAGUGUUGUUUGAACACCGAUAUCCGUGUUUACGGAGGGGAUACCUGCAUUCUCUGACUUCACAGUAAGAAGGCCUAUUGUUAAUUCACAUAUCAUAUCUGUUUAUUAGGCUAUUGGACAGCGCGAUGAAGAAGAAAUAGGAAUUCGGUUCAAAUAUUGUUUAUUCCAAAUCGGAGUUAUGCUGCCAUUUCAUUUGUAGGCUUCCCCAUCGAAUAAUGGGUGUAUGUUUAAUAUAGCCUUCAACCCCUUAAUACUGUAUUGUCACAAAGCCGUCCGUUCCAGCCAGUGAUUAGCAGAAUGACUGAUCCAAGCAGCAACACGGACUUUAUGGCUGGCUACUCCGGUAUCACCAGACCAAAUGUAGCUGGCAGUGGGUUACCUCAUCGGACGGUGCUGAACUCCCCCCCUCCUCCAGGCAGACUGACGUCUCUGCGGUCCCGAGACCUGACUCUGGGCGGGUUCAAAAAGAAAACCUUCGUACCCAAUGUCCAUUCUCUGAGGAAGAGUAAAGAUGAGUUAAAGGAAGAGGCCCAUGUUGCACCAAAGAAGGAGAGAAGAGUGAGGGAGGAGAGGCACAGGGAGAGAAGAGAGCGCCCCCCUCAGAUCAUUCAGUCCCACUCCAUCUUUGAACAGGGUCCUGCAGACACAGUAAAGAAACCAGGGGGGUGGAGAGGGACCGACCUUACAGACAGCAGAUCCUCUCCUGUAGCUAAGUGUUUUAAGAAGGAGAGACGUGCCUCAGAAGAAAACGAUAAUGAUAUGUUACACAAGCUUCAACGGGAUGAUUUUUUGGAUGAUCCUGGUUUGAAAAAUGAUGCCAAGAACAAGCCAAUUCAACUGCCACUGUAUCAAUCUAGCAACUUCCUGAUAACAGAGGCAACAACUCCAUCAUUCAGAGCCCCUGCUACUACUAACCCAAACCUGCCCCUUCAGUAUGGAGCAGGACAUCAGUACGGACCAGGCCAGAUCCCUCAGUAUAGACCAGGCCAGGGGGUCCUGAGCCCUGACCAGCCCUCUGUAGCAGAGCUCUUCCACCAGCUGAUGGUUUCAGAGACAGAAGAAUUGCUUUUCAUCCAGCUACCUGAUACUAUCCCUGGCCAGCCAACCACAGCCUCCAUCCCAAGCCAGCCAAUCACAGCCCCAGAAAGAAAUUGUAAAAAAGACUCCAAGUCCGACGGCAAGCGCACCUCUCACAUUAAAGCACCAGUGAGUAACGACCACAUUCUAUCCUUAUUUUCUACCGUCCACUUCAUUCUAACAGGGAAGCAUUUCACGCCAAGGUCUACAUUUGCUGUAUUCCAUCUUCUUCCUCAGGACCCUGCUAGAGACAGUGUUUCCAUCCGGUCAGAGUUCCCCUGACCACUAACCCUAAAGGCCAUGUUCUUCCUCAGGACCCUGCUAGAGACAGCGUUCCCAUCCAGUCAGAGUUCUCCUAACCCCUAACCCUAAAGGCCAUGUUCUUCCUCAGGACCCUGCUAGACAGCGUUCCCAUCCAGUCAGAGUUCUCCUAGCCCCUAACCCUAAAGGCCAUGUUCUUCCUCAGGACCCUGCUAGAGACAGCGUUCCCAUCCAGUCAGAGUUCUCCUAACCCCUAACCCUAAAGGCCAUGUUCUUCCUCAGGACCCUGCUAGAGACAGCGUUCCCAUCCAGUCAGAGUUCUCCUAACCCCUAACCCUAAAGGCCAUGUUCUUCCUCAGGACCCUGCUAGAGACAGCGUUCCCAUCCAGUCAGAGUUCUCCUAACCCCUAACCCUAAAGGCCAUGUUCUUCCUCAGGACGCUGCUGGUAAAGACGUUCCUGUCCUGUCAGAGUUCACAGAGGGGUUUCUGGGUAAACUACAGAUCAGGAAGUCUGGCAAGGUGCAGCUGGUGCUGGGAGACAUCACUAUGGACGUCUCAGAGGGAGCUGCCUUCUCUUUCCUACAG